UAUUUUAUAAUUACUUAUUAAUGUAUUUUCAUUUUAUUGUAAAUAGGCCAUCAAAAAGGCUGUAUGAAUCGGAUAGUGGCACUGAUGAGAAUGAGACAGACACAGAGAGUAGGCCACCACAAGUUAUUGACCAAGCAACAACGCCCAAAGAGUCACAAAGCCUACUUUCAUCUCCGCCUCGCUUAUCUGCACAGGCAUUGCGAGAGGCCAGCAGUGAUGUGCAAAGUGCUUCUCCAAUACAAGGUGCUUCUGAUACACCCUUCCGUGGGCAGAUUAUUGGGCCCACUGCUGUUACACAGAUUCUCCGAGUCUUGGAGACAAUGCGAGAGAAGAAUCGUGAAAUUAAGAGGAUGGUGCAGCGAAUGCUGUUAAGGUCAGCAGCAGAUGACCAACCGCUGCAACUUCCGAAAGAUAUCUCAUUCCCUAUUCGUUAUCCUGAGCAGAUGGAAGCAUUCGAUAAGCUUCUGGAGAUCAGACAAUGCUCUCAUCUGUGGUAA